GUACUCUAAGCCGACCCCCGCCAGCCUUCUGAAGACACACUCUGGUUGAGACUAUCCAAGACUGGUACCUGGUCUUUAGUAGGACACAGCCAUGUCUGACGGCGGGCCGCCUCCAUGCUGCAUCUGCCUGAACGCGUUCACAAGCCCGGUGUCCAUCCCCUGCGGUCACCGCUUCUGCCUGGCCUGCAUCGGAGAGUACUGGAGGCUCCAUCCAGUCUGUCAGUGCCCCCUCUGCAAGGCCAGCUUCCCCACCAGACCCCAACUCUCCCCGGCGCACACGGCCCAGGGAGACGCCACCCGACCUGGGGCCUCGGCAUCCGGCUCGCCCCCGCCAAGACCCGGAGAGGUGCCGUGCGACGUCUGCGCGGAGAGACGUCGAGCGGCCGUCAAGUCCUGCUUGGUGUGCCUGGAGUGUUACUGCGAGGCCCACCUGGAGCCUCACUACCGGGAAGCCGCUCUCUGGCGCCACCCGCUGGUGUCGGUGUGGAAGGACCUGGAGGAGGCCGUGUGCAGGCUGCACGGCAGGAGGCUGGACCGCUUCUGUCGGAGCGAUCAGACCUGCGUCUGUGCCGUGUGCGCCCGGGAGGACCACAGGGGGCAUCGGGUGGUGUCUGUCGCCAAGGAAGCCGUGGGGAAAAAGGUGAAGCUCAAGAGAUCCAUGUCGAGGGUUCAUCAGGUGAUCCAGGAGCACCAGAAGAAGGUGGAGGAGAUCAAGCAGUCCCUGGAAGACGCUAGCAGGGUGGGGCAGGUGGCCAGGAGACAGGGCGAGGGACUAGUCAAAGACCUGGAGCAGGAGGUCGCAGAGCUUCAGAGGAGAAGCACUGAGCUGGAGGAGCUCUCACACACUGAGGACCCCCUCCACCUGCUACAGAGAUUUCCGUCGUUUUCCUCUCCUCCGCACGUGAAGGACUGGUCUCACUCCAUCAAGUCUCUGUUUCAAGACCUGCGGGAGAAACUAGAGAUAUCCUGACUGCACAGAGAUGAACUCUCAGUUUAUUCUAUGGAAUACUGUCCUACUGAAGUGCUUGUAUAGUAUAAUGUUUUACUUUGUAUGGAGACAUCUUUUUUCAUAACUGCACUGUAUAUGAAUGUGGAAUCGGUGUUUAAAAUGUUAAGAAUAGUCUGUCUGUUUAUCCUAUUUAUUGGUUAGCACUGGGUUUUGAUACUUUGAACCUUACUACCUCCUGUGAAUGAAUUUGAUCGAUGUAAUAUUAAUAAAAAUCUUGAUUUGUACUGGC